AUGUUGCGCAAAAUGAUGAUCUUGGUGGCGCAUCUUUUAGUGCUCGUGUUGCCGCACGAUGCUUCUGCAGAGGAGUUUCGGAAAAGCGACCUUGCAGCAGUUUGUGAACCUUGGGUGCAAGACUUCACAAAUUCCAUCCACCAAGGAAACAAGUCACACCCCUUCUCCGCCCGCCUCCUCUCACAGAUCAGAGAGAACACCGGGGUGACGGACGGGCAGCUCGAGUUGAUCUCGGGCCUGGCACGACGCCUAGGGGAUCCAGACUGGGAAUACCCACUCAUCCUGAGAGAAGGGGAGUUGCCUUCAUUCCAAGAGAUGCACGAGGACUUCGAUUCUGCUGACACGUUGCAAGUUGCAGCCAAUCAAAGACGCCCCGGCGGUGUGGCCUGCGGCGGCUGGUUUCCGGGCACUGCGCUGGCGACCACAUCGGAGAAGACUUACGUCGGAGAAGAGACGGCGGCCCUGAACCAAGCCCACAUCGCCCUCUACCAAACCCACAUCGGAGAAGAGAUGGCUCCCAUGGUGACACUGUGGUAG